CACGGGUGAUCCACGACGAAUGGCUAUUGACCGACCACUCGCGGGAUACCCACGUCUUGAGGAUAUGGAUAGAGGAAGAUGCUGCGUCGACGACGCGAAAAGGAUUUCCGUUUCGACGUUUCAGCCUCGGCCCCGGCCAUCUUCCACCCCCACUUCGCCUAAGGGCCACCUACAAACCAUUAUCAUAGUGAUGAUGUUUGCCGUCGGACAUGUCAGUGCUGUCGGAUGGGAUGACUUCGCCAACAACCUCGGCAUCGACUUGGCACCGUUAAUCAUGCUGUUCGGGGAGCAGGUGACCAAGCAGUAUCUGGGAGACUCGUUUGGCUGGAUCGACAACCUGAUAUUCGCACUGGCGCCUCUGGGCAUCAUCACCGCGAUGGUGGGGGCCGUCCGAGUGGGAGGGAGGGCCCAAAGUUGCGGUCACUUAUCGGUCGAGCGAAAGAAAGUCGUGGUACUGUGGAAGCCGACUUGAUGUCCUCUGUAUCAACGGACGUGUGCGAGUUGUGGAACGGUGAAGGCGUUGUCAGGGUUCUUGGGAAACCGGCCCUGCUCCAGCUCAUUUAUUUUCCGGAAACACAUACGCCAACCAGCAAGGCCGAGCUCUAUACAUUACCGGAAGCGAUUGAAAAGGGCAUUUACAUCCGUAAAUCCCCGGAAGACGACAAUCUCCUCGAGUUUGCGCUUGGGCCAACCGCGAACGAUGCUCCAAACC